AUGAAAAGGGUGGGUUAUGGAAAGAGGAAUGUUGGGAAAAGGAUAAGUCAGAGAAAAAGAUAUGUUGGGGAAAAGGGAAUGUCGGGAAAAGAGAAUGUCAGGAAAAGGGAUGUCAGAAAAAGGUCAAGUUUAAUAUAA